UGCGCACCAUCCUCUACUGCUGCCGCUCCCUACUCUGGGCGUCGGGACUACCUCCCUCUCCGCGGGCCCCGCCCAGGCGGCUGCCCGUGACCUGCCUGGGCGCGGGGAACGGAAAGCCGGAAGGGGCAAGACGGGUUCAGUUCGUCAUGGGGCUGUUUGGAAAAACCCAAGAGAAGCCGCCCAAAGAACUGGUCAAUGAGUGGUCAUUGAAGAUAAGAAAGGAAGUGAGAGUUGUGGACAGGCAAAUAAGGGAUAUCCAAAGAGAAGAAGAAAAAGUGAAACGAUCUGUGAAAGAUGCUGCCAAGAAAGGCCAGAAGGAUGUCUGUGUAGUUCUGGCCAAGGAGAUGAUCAGGUCAAGGAAGGCUGUGAGCAAGCUAUAUGCCUCCAAAGCGCACAUGAACUCAGUGCUCAUGGGGAUGAAGAACCAGCUGGCGGUCUUGCGAGUGGCUGGUUCCUUGCAGAAGAGCACAGAAGUGAUGAAGGCUAUGCAAAGUCUUGUGAAGAUUCCAGAAAUUCAGGCCACCAUGAGGGAGUUGUCCAAAGAAAUGAUGAAGGCUGGGAUCAUAGAAGAGAUGUUAGAGGACACUUUUGAAAGCAUGGACGAUCAGGAAGAAAUGGAGGAAGAAGCAGAAAUGGAAAUUGACAGAAUUCUGUUUGAAAUUACAGCAGGGGCCUUGGGCAAAGCACCCAGUAAAGUGACCGAUGCCCUUCCAGAGCCAGAACCUUCAGGAGCGAUGGCUGCCUCAGAUGAGGAGGAGGAGGAAGAGGCUCUGGAGGCUAUGCAGUCCCGGCUGGCCACACUCCGCAGCUAGGGGCUGCCUACCCCGCUGGGUGUGCUCACACUCCUCUCAAGAGCUGCCAUUUUAUGUAUCUCUUGCAUUACACCUCCGUUGUGAGGACUACCAUUUUGGAGAAGGUUCUGUUUGUCUCUUUUCACUCUCUGCCCAGGUUUUGGGAUCGCAAAGAAUUUGUUCUUGUAAAGGUGGUGUAAAUAAAUGCAUCAUUUUUAGGAGUAUAGACAGAAAUAUCUUAUUUUGGGGAGGAGAAAGAAAUCCAUCUUCUCAUGAAGCAGUUCUGAAAAUACAGGUGAUUGCGUGAAUGUCGAAGAUUCUACUUUUGUCUAUAAAACACUGUAUAAAUGAAUUUUAAUAAAUUUUUGCUUUAGCACUUGGCCCCAUUGUAGAUUGCUCUGUGCAGUAAACUUUCAAGGUGUUGGCUCUCCCAGAUUGCUUCAUUUGUUGGGUGUGGAAAGAGUUGCGAUGGCCAGGCAUAUGGGAUUUGGAAGCUCAGCAGAACUGAUUUCUGCUCUGUGGAUGCUGCUCCCCAGCCUUCACAGACAUGGUAUGGCAGCCAUUCUUUUAUCUGUUUAACCAAGAGGAUGCUUGGGAAUUGUGCUGCUUGUCCUGUUGGCUGGUGGCUGUAUUAUGUCCUGGGGUGUGUAUGUGGGUCUAUUUAGAACUUCUGUCCCUUCCCAUUGCAAGUUGCACCCAGAUCAGACAGCUGUAGGACUAGGUCUCUUUCACCUCUCAUUGCCUGUCCCUGCUUUGAGCUGGUUGUCUUGUGCAUGGGACAUGGGCCUUCCUAUCCGUGUUUUCUCAAAGUCAGGAGCUGACCAGGAGCACUCUAAGGUGUGGUCAUGCAUCCUAACCAACAUUCACUCAUCUGGGACAUUCUUAAGAUACAUUUAUAAAUCAUUUUAACAGUAACACUUUGUAUGUGUUGAGAGUUUACAAAGCUCUUUGACAUAUGCGAUCUCAUUUAGUCUUUACAAAUAAGGAAAACAGCGCAGUUUGGGAAGUAUCAGAGCUGGGAUUCAAACCCAGAUCCUCUGGUCCAAGUUGUAUGUGCACUGAACUAAUCAGGCAGGAAAAAAGCCCAGCCACUGUCUUCACAGAUCGGUUUUUGUAUAUUGUAGCAAAAUCCUGAAACAAUGGGGUCCUUCCAGCCUCAUCAUACAAAAUGGCAAUCUUGGCUGGGUGUGGUGGUUCGUGCCUAUAAUCCCAGUGCUUUACAAGGCUGAGGCAGGAGGCUGUCUUGAGAAUAGGAGUUCAAGAUCAGCCUGGGCAACAUAGCAAGAUCCUGUCUCU